AUGUCGUUCGGAGGUGGUCUGAGCGAUAGCCUGAAAGGUCUCAGCGUCAGCGAUGAUGAUAGCGAAGUUGAGGAUUGCUUGGUGAUUGGUAUUGACUUUGGAACAACGUACUCCGGAGUGGCUUGGUCGACGAGAGUCGAGUUGGAAAGUAGCCAAAUCAACUUCAUCACCUCCUGGCCUGACAACGCCCGCGAGGAAGGUAAAGUCCCAACUGAGCUCUGGUACGACGAUACCGGCGAGCCAAUCUGGGGCUAUUCUAUUCCUGCCGAUGCUGACCCAUUUCGAUGGUUUAAGCUUCUCCUGCUUCAUAGAGAAGACCUCAACCCGGAGCUCUGCGAAUCCAGCUUUCUGAUCAAGGCCCAGAUUAUGCUGAAGGAGUCUGGGAAGACCGCGGUAGACCUUGUUGCUGACUAUUUGCGCCUGCUCUGGGAGCACAUAAUGUCGACGAUCGAGAAGGCACGUGGGGAGUCUGUGGUGGAAGCUCUCGUCUUCCAUGUCAUAGUCACUGUUCCAGCAAUAUGGAAAGGCUAUGCUAGACAGGCUAUGGAAGAGGCCGUUAAGAAGUCUGGCAUUCUUAACUUCCGUCUCGCAGGGACCACAAAAUUGGUAUUCGCACCAGAGCCAGAGGUGGCAGCAUUUUCAACACUCCUUGAGCAAGGCAGUAGCAUCCGGCCAGGCAAUGUAUAUGUGAUCUGUGAUGCAGGUGGUGGGACAGUGGAUCUCAUUAGUUACGAAGUGAGGAAUACUAAACCGAUCAUCUUACAAGAGGUCGUGAUUGGAACAGGCGGGCUUUGCGGCGGGAUCUUCAUCGACCAGGCGUUUGAGCACAUGUGCAGUGGCCGGCUUGGGUCUAAAUGGAAACGCUUGAGCAAAGAGGGCAUUAGGGAUAUUAUGAGAACUGCAUGGGAAUACGGCAUCAAACCACAGUUCAAGUCACCCCAGUCAGCGAAGCAGUAUAUCGUCGCGUUGCCUGCCGAGGCAUUCAGGGAUCAAGGUACUGCGGGCCUAGACGAUACCAAGCGCAAGCCUCAUAUAAAGAACGGGCGAAUUUAUUUCGACGGUUCCGACAUCAAAAAAGUGUUUGAAGGCGUCUUUGCCGAUAUUUCAAAGCUGGUGGAGGGACAGAUCCAAAAGGCCGCAGAAAAGGGCCUGUCUGUGACAGGCAUCAUUCUUGUUGGUGGACUGGGGGCGAGUCCAUAUUUGUACGAUUAUCUCAAGAAUAUCCACUCCAAAGCAGGAAUUGUAGUGCUUCAGUCCGGUGGGGUCAAGCCGCGCACAGCAAUCUGUCGAGGUGCCGUGCUCAAAGGGUUCCUUGAGGCACAAAACAGUCAGCAAGAUGGGGGAUUCGGGACAUCAACAAUCGGAGUUGAGUCGAGAGUAUCUCGGGCUAGUUACGGCAUAACUUACUAUAUUCUGAUCGGCCCAGAUCAUCAUGAUGAGGAAGACAAAGACAUUGAAUGGAACUCAUUAGAGGGCCGCCAUGUGCUGUCCAAUCAAAUGCAGUGGUAUUUGAGGCGGUGUGAUGACGAGGCGCCGCCGACAAGGAAGAUUGACAAUGUCCGAAAACUUGGCGAGAUCUGCUGUAAUCUCGAUGUUCAGUUUUCUGACCUGCCCUACCACUCGAAAGACGAGUUCGGGACUGUGACAAAACGGCUGAAUUUCGACAUUGAAUUAGUGCCGUCGGGGGCCUCGGUAGAAUUUGUUUUGUACGUGAAUGGGAGAAAACAGGGAAGCGAGUACGCCAAGAUUGAUUUUGCGUAG